AUGAGGCUGCAUACUGCUUGUAAGCUGAUCGUUUGGCAAUUCUCAUGUCCUGCAGAAAUAGGGAUCGGCCUCACUGGACUCGGAUUCCUGUUUCUGGUGCUUGGAGUGCUAUUCUUCUUCGACAAGGGACUGAUAGCCCUUGGGAAUCUCAUGUUCCUAUGCGGAGUGGCACUCACCAUAGGGCCACAGGCAACGGUCAAAUUCUUCCUUCGAAAGAAGAAUCUGAAGGGCACCAUAUGUUUCAUGGCAGGUGUGGCCCUUGUGGUCUGGGGAUGGGCAAUUGUUGGGAUGCUUGUGGAGACUUAUGGGUUCUGGUUGCUGUUUGCUGGGUUUGUACCAACGGCCCUGUCUUUCCUGAGGAGGAUACCUGUGUUUGGCCGCGUUUUGGACCUGCCUCUCUUCAAAAAGGUCAGAUUUUGUCAUCUCUGA